CUCUUUCACUUUAUGAGCAGCUGACAGUCGCCUGACUGGACUGCAAGUCAUAACUUCAGUCAGCUAUAUAACAAGGUCUCUCUAACACAGCCCUGCAUCUCCUACAGGUGGAUAUACCUCAAACUUCACAUCAACACGACAUAGCGGCAGUCAGGAUGAAGCUGUUGCUGCUUGCUGCUGCUCUGGCCGUGGCCAGCUGUGCCACAAUCUCCCUGGAAGACCUGGAGUUCCAUGCCUGGAAACUCAAGUUUGGAAGGUCCUACAAUUCUCCGACAGAGGAAGCUCAGCGUAGGGAAAUCUGGCUCAGCAACCGCAGACUGGUGCUGGUGCACAACAUCAUGGCUGAUCAGGGCAUCAAGUCCUACCGCCUUGGCAUGACCUACUUUGCUGACAUGGAAAAUGCAGAGUACAGGCGUGUGAUUUCAAAGGGUUGCCUCGGCUCGUUCAACACAUCUCAGCCUCGCACUGGCUCUGCUUUCCUCCGACUGCCUGGAGUAAUGGAUCUGCCAAAAAGUGUUGACUGGAGGGAUAAGGGAUAUGUCACUGAUGUCAAGGAUCAGAAGCAGUGUGGUUCCUGCUGGGCCUUCAGUGCAACUGGCUCACUGGAGGGUCAGAACUUCAGGAAGAAAGGGAAGUUGGUGUCUCUGAGCGAGCAGCAGCUGGUAGACUGCUCUGGCGACUAUGGAAAUUAUGGUUGUGAUGGAGGACUGAUGGACAACGCCUUUAAGUAUAUUAAAGCUAAUGGAGGGAUAGACACCGAGGAUUCCUACCCUUAUGAAGCUGAGGAUGGACAGUGCCAUUACAACCCUAACACUAUUGGUGCCACAUGCACAGGCUAUGUAGAUGUGAACCAAGGAGACGAAGAUGCUUUGAAGGAGGCUGUGGCCACCAUCGGACCUGUGUCUGUGGCCAUUGACGCUUCUCAGGAAUCCUUCCAGCUGUAUCAGUCAGGAGUAUAUGAUGAGCCACAGUGCAGCAGCUCAGAGUUGGACCACGGUGUACUGGCUGUGGGUUAUGGUAGUGACAAUGGACAUGAUUACUGGCUGGUGAAAAACAGCUGGGGCCUAGAAUGGGGAGACAAGGGAUACAUCAGGAUGAGCAGGAACAAACACAACCAGUGUGGCAUUGCUUCUGCAUCCAGCUACCCCCUGGUCUUACAAAGUACGUGUUUGUUUUACUCUGCUUGUGUGUCAGUCAAGAUGAAGCUGUUGCUGGUUGCUGCAGCUGCUCUGGCCGUGGCCAGCUGUGCCACCAUCUCCUCGGAUGAGCUGGAGUUCCAUGCAUGGAAAGUCAAGUUUGAAAAGUCCUACAUCUCUCUGGCAGAGGAAGCUCAGCGCAAGGAAAUCUGGCUCAACAACCGCAGACUGGUGCUGGAGCACAACAUCAUGGCUGAUCAGGGCAUCAAGUCCUACCGGCUUGGCAUGACCACCUUUGCUGACAUGGAAAAUGAAGAGUACAGACGGAUGAUUUCCCAGGGUUGCGUUGGUUUUUUCAACACUUCUCUUCAUAAAACUGGCUCUGCUUUUCUCCGACUGCCUGAAGGAAUUGAUCUGCCCACCAGUGUUGAUUGGAGGGAUGAGGGAUAUGUCACUGAAGUCAAGAAUCAAAAGCAGUGUGGCUCCUGCUGGGCCUUCAGUGCAACUGGCUCGCUGGAGGGUCAGAACUACAGGAAAACAGGAAUGCUGGUGUCUCUGAGUGCGCAACAGCUGGUAGAUUGCAGCAAUUCAAAUUAUGGUUGCAAGGGAGGGUGGAUGAACAACGCCUUUUGGUACAUUUCAACCAACGGAGGGAUAGAAAGUGAAAACUCCUACCCUUAUGAGGCUAUGGAUGGCAUGUGCCGUCACAAUCCUGCCUAUAGCGCUACCACAUGCACAGGCUUUGUCAACUUGAACCGAGGAGACGAAGCUGCUUUGGAGGAAGCUGUGGCCACCGUGGGACCUGUGUCUGUGGCCAUUGAUGCUUCUCAUCCAACCUUCCAGCUGUAUCACUCAGGGCUGUAUGAUGAGCCAGCAUGCAGUAGCACAUUGUUGAACCAUGCUGUUCUGGUUGUGGGUUACGACAGCCGUUCCUUGAUCUAUAAUCGGUACUGGCUGGUCAAGAACAGCUGGGGCCUCGGAUGGGGAGAACAGGGAUACAUAAGGAUGAGUAAGGACAAAUAUAACCAGUGUGGCAUUGCUACUACAGCUAGCUACCCCCUGGUCUGAGCAGUCUCGGUGGAACAACCCACCACAUGUCCUGUUGAGGGUACGACAACUCCGCAGAAUAUGUUGCUUGAUGCAGCGUGCAAAUGCAAAGGAUGAGUCUUGCACCUGAUACUUGAAGUUGUUUGCUUUUCCAGACAGAAAUUCAAGGUCAAAAGACAACAUAAACAUAACUAUGAAAAAUGUUAUCCUCUUCAGCUUAUUGCUUUUCAAACUGUGCAUUGUAUUCUUUAAAACAAUUGAUUAAUGUGUGCUCACAUCUAUUGUAAAUGUCUAAAUUACAACUGUCUUAAGAUCCCCCGAGUACAUGAAGUAACUUACACUUAUCUGCCCUUUAUGUCUACCAAGCAGGUAACCUCAGCCAAGUCUGAGUUUUACAAUAGCUGUGCAAAACACAUA